UGUGUGUGCGCGGCAAGCAAGCGGUAGCAAUCCAGGAGGUAGCUGGGCGCCUACUGCUUCACGCCACAGGGGUCAUCUGUUGCACAGCAGCCUUGCGAUUGGCACAAUUCUUCUGUCCCGGGGCACACAACCAACAAUCAGCGGCUGGGCAUGCACUGCCCCAAACCCCCAAACCCUCCGCACAGGGAUGGGGACUCGCAAGGCCGUCCAGUUCUGCUCCAGGCAGUAAGGCAUUCUUGGGUCCUGCGGACUCCUUUGCAAGAGAUUGUUCAACGGUAAAAAGAAAUUGUCCAAAGCAAUUCCGCGACUCGAGAAAAACUCCACCACUCAAUAGUCCGCCAUCUCGCUCUCGUCAACCAUGGCCUCCCGGAAACGACGGCGUGAGUCAACACCCCCAAGACGCCCGUGCCGCAUUCCACAACGAACCGAGCCAUAUCGAUACGACCCACUGCCGAGGAGGAGCUCGCUCCGCAUCCUGCACCUCCUGCCCGGCCACGGACAUGACGUUAUCUCCUGCCGACUGGAUAUUGUUGACGGCGAUGCAGCGCCUCCCUACGAAGCAAUCUCCUAUACGUGGGGCAAACCGACCGACAAGAGGCUCAUUCUCUGCGGCGGUGGCAAGCUGCGUGUCCCGACCAGUCUACGCGACAUCCUGCAAAACCUCCGAAGCCCCCGCCAGACCCUGACGUUAUGGGCCGAUGCUGUGUGCAUCAACCAGCAGGAUGACCUGGAAAAGGGCCACCAAGUCAAAAUCAUGGGCGCCAUCUUUGCCAACGCCACUCGUGUCCUGGCCUGGCUUGGCAAAGAACCGUUGGGUGGUCCACCAGAGUACAGACUCGAUCAAGGAGUUGAUUGGGGCGAAGAAAGAGAUGCCACAUCGCUCGAUGAAAUAAUCAUUGAGACACGGAGGCGACUCGAUCGGCUGAUCUCAGAUAUCGAAGAGAGAACUUUAUCUGUCGAUCCCUCAAAAUUCAAUGACGAGAAUUAUCAGACGUCCUGGGCCUGCUUGGUCAAACUCCUAAGGAGGCCUUGGUUCUACAGGUUGUGGGUGGUUCAGGAAGUACACAGGCCCUUAAACCAAGCCCCCUACCGUUGGAUACACUAGCAUGAUCUUCCGUUCCGUUUUGUGAGGCCCACUUAAUCCGACGCCCGGAUAUGGCUUGACGAUAAGCCCGGAUCCCGUUUCUUGUCUUCGGAGCUACUGUUAUACCUUGACUAGUUAUUCAACUUCUGCUAAGCUUGCGGGAUAGGCUAGGAAACCUAUAAGCCGUACUGUCCACCUCCCUAUAUUCCCUUCCCCCUUGUCACGAUCCUGCCUCCGGGGUCAGCCGUCUGGCAGGGCGCUGGGGUUGCUGUUCUGCAAGAUAGGUAAAGCCUGU